AUGCAUAAGAGAGCCCGCCCAGUCGAGGAGGAGGAGGAGGAGGAUGUACCCCUUCCUCGUGGAGGAGGUUGCAAAUCUCCCUGGGAGAUCACAGGGAAGACAAUUCCUGGUGAUGCUAAGGAGCAGAGUGUGUGCAUUGUAGGUGAGGAAAACAUCUGGCAGUUCCCCAACACCGGCGAGAGAAAGGCGUGUUUGCAGGAAACCCACUCAGUGGAGGGUCCCGUUCACAGCAAACUAGACUCCAGUGUCCCCAGUGAACCUCCAGCCCAGGCUGUUGUUGAUGCAGCUAAGGGACAAGACAUCUGCAUUGCGUAUGAGCAAGGUGUCCUACAAAAGUCCACCGUCCGUAUCAGAACUGGGUAUCCUGAGGAAGACGGCUCAGAGGAGGAUAUAGAUAAGCCUAUUGCUAGCGGGGGAGAUUGGAAAGGCCCCAAUGAAUCCACCUUCCAACACGCUCUUGUAGCCACCGAGGAACAAGACACCCGCUUUGGGUAUGAGGAAAUGGUCUGUCAGAAGCCCAUUUUUCAAGGAAGAGGCCCCAGUGAAGCCACAGCCCAGAGAGAUAUGGAUGCAGGUGUUGUACAGUGGACAGAGAACAGAAGGAAAUCUUUGCGGAAAGCACAGGAUGAGAUGGUGGAGCACAACUACCUGAGUCAGGAUGGACCAAGGACGGAAAAGAGAAGCCACACAGAACGGAAGACACAUGAAUCCAUCAUUCCUCAAAGUGGCUUCUUCACUGAGCAAGGAGAACAACCAGAAAACAGAGAUGCUUUGAGAGCGUCCACAGAGGAGAAAAGAAUUCAAAGGGCAGAGUCUGGAGGAACAAGCAGUGGGAGCAGAAACAAUGGCAACAGCCCCACAUGCCCUACAGAGGUGAAGCGAUUUACUUGUUUGGAGUGUGGGAGGAGCUUCAGGUAUCAGAGUAAGUUUGCUCGACAUCAGUUAAUUCACACAGGAGAAAAAACACAUAAAUGUGCAUACUGUGGAAAGAGCUUCCGCACGAAAUCAAACCUUACAGGACAUGAAACAAUUCACACAGGGGAAAAACCACAUAAAUGUGCAGUCUGUGGAAAGAGCUUCUGCACGAAAUCAAACCUUACAGUACAUAAAAGAACCCACACAGGGGAAAAGCCUUUCAAAUGUACAGUGUGCGAGAAAAGCUUUACAUUGAGCGCAAACCUUACCACACAUAUAAGAACUCACACAGGGGAGAAACCUUUCAAAUGUUCAGUGUGUAGUAAGUGUUUUGCUCAGAAGUCAAGCCUUACUAGACAUGAAAGAAUUCACACAGGGAAGAAACCACAUAAAUGUGCACACUGUGGAAAGAGCUUCCGUGUGAAAUCAGACCUUACAAGACAUGAAAGAAUUCACACAGGGGGAAAGCCUUUCAAAUGUUCAGUGUGCAAGAAAAGCUUUAGUUGGCAAUCAAGCCUUACUGCACAUAAAAACUCACACAAAGGAGAAGCCUUUCAAAUGUUCAGUGUGUAG